AUGUCAUCUGGAGUCUUGGUUAGUUCAGAGGUUCAAAAUGCCUUUCAACAACUAUCUGAGGGAAAACGUACUUUACGUUAUAUAAUUUACAAGAUUGAGGAUAAUCAAAUUGUUGUGGAGACUGCUGUUCCUACCGGUGAUGUUGGUUCAGGAGAUGAUUAUGAUGAUAACUCAAAAGUAGCUUAUGAGGCUUUUGUAAAAGAUUUAAAAGAUCGUACUGAUGGAUUUAAUGACUGUCGUUAUGCUGUUUUUGACUUCAAAUUUUCAUGCAAUCGUCCUGGUGCUGGUGUUUCCAAAAUGGAUAAAAUUGUUUUUAUCCAACUUUGUCCAGAUGGAGCAUCAAUUAAAAAGAAGAUGGUAUAUGCUUCUUCUGCCUCAGCUAUCAAGGCGGCUCUUGGUACUCAAAAAUUCCUUCAAUUUCAAGUUUCUGAUGAAUCUGAAAUUGCUCAUAAAGAACUUUUAAAUAAGCUUAGUGAAAAAUAUAAGGAUAACUAA